CAACAAUGAAGGCUUUAGUGCUCACCCUCCUCUUCCUCCUCAUUGCAUGCAGUGAAGCCAAAAUAUACACCAAAUGUGAACUGGCUUCAAUUCUGAAACAAAAUCGCAUGGAUGGAUAUUUUGGCUACAGCUUGGGCAACUGGAUCUGUCUUGCUUUUCAUGCGAGCAAGUACAACUCCCAUCUUGUGAUUGGGCCAAACAAGGAUCGCGGUAGCAACUAUGGGAUAUUCCAGAUAAACAGCCACUAUUGGUGCAAAAGUAACCAGGGCCCUACAAAUAAUCUCUGUGAUAAGCCUUGCAGUGCUUUCAUAGAUGAUGACAUCACAGAUGAUAUUGCUUGUGCUAAGAAAAUGAUGCGUGGUGAACAUAAAAUGUGUAUCUGGCCGCCCUGGAAGAAAAGCUGCAAAGGAACGAAUGUGUCAAAAUGGAGCAAAGACUGCACCCUGUGAAAUUCGUGAUCCUGUAUUUCUCUUCCUCCUCCUGUAAUGAAAGUGAUAUUAUUCCUCCUA